AUGGAAACGACCCUGCCGAUUCCCUUUCUUCCCCUCGUGGAUCUUGAAAAAGGCGCUGCUGAGCCUGAGAAGGGAUUGACCAGAAUCCAAUUGUCCUACCUUGGCUGUGUUUAUUUCACCGCUAGCGAAAGUAACUUCGAAACUCUACUACAAUUUCUCCAGAGACACACAUCCGUAGAAGCCUACGUCAAUGUCGCCAAAAUAUCCUCGAUUGAGGAUGUCAUCACGGCUUUGGAUGCUGGGGCCCGCAAAGUGUUUGCAACCCCUUCUCAAUGGGAGUCUUUGAAGAGCUAUGGAGACAGAAUCAUACCUGUCGUGUCGAACGACGAUGAAAUAGCCUCUGUCACUUCAUCUCAAGACGGUGUUCUUCUUGACACUGGCGAGAGUUUGUCUACUGGUCGCAAAUUGUUGGAAAAGAUAACUGCGGGCAAGACUUCUCCAGUAUUUCUUACACACUCUUCGAAAAUGGAUCACAUUGAUCUCCAACCCUUCCUUCAAAUGGCAGCAGGGUCAUCUUCCAUUCCGAUUCUACCCACCACGUGUCUCGCAUUCGGGGAACACUCAGACGGAUUUGUCUCUGUGCCAGGACUUAUCGCGGAAUUAUGGUUUUCGGAUAGACCGGAUAAAUUGAUGCCAACCGUAGUAACAGAUGAGAGUGGAGUUGCGCUUGGGCUGGUAUACAGCAGUGAAGAAAGUCUGGCAGAGAGUCUCAAGACAGGCACUGGAGUUUAUCAGAGCAGGAAAAGAGGGUUGUGGUAUAAAGGUGCUACAUCUGGAGAUAUUCAGGAACUUGUGAGGAUUUCUUUGGACUGCGAUCAAGACUGCUUGAAAUUUGUUGUUCGCCAGAAAGGAAGAGGCAAGUAAAAACGACCGCCUUCGUUCUUAACCCCCUUUUCUAACAUUGUGUAGGCUUCUGCCACCUCCCUCAAUCUACCUGCUUUGGUGAACUUCGUGGCAUCGCAAAACUGGAGAAAACCCUGGUUUCAAGAAAAGAAUCUGCACCUGAAGGAUCAUACACGGCCCGGUUAUUUUCAGAUGAGAAGCUGCUGCGCGCAAAGAUUAUGGAAGAGGCGGAAGAAUUGUGUGAAGCGAACACAAAGAGCGAUAUCGCAUUUGAAGCUGCCGAUUUGAUAUAUUUUGCGUUGGCGAAAGCAGUGAGUGCUGGUGUCAGUCUUGGCGACAUUGAGCGAAGCCUUGAUGCCAAGAGUGUGAAGGUCAAGAGAAGACAGGGCGACGCAAAAGGAAAAUGGGCUGCCAAAGAGGGGAUCUCUAAUGAUGUACAGGAGGAGAAGAAAUCAGAGUCAACACCAAAGGCGAUUGAAGUGAAGAAUGAGGGUCGCAUCACUAUGAAGCGUUAUGAUGCUAAAACAUCGUCAGCAGAGGACCUUCAAGCAGUAUUAAAGCGACCAUCACAAAAAUCUACAGAUAUGAUCAUGGGAAUUGUCAACCCCAUCAUCAAGAGUGUACGGGAAGGAGGCGAUAAAGCACUAUUAGGCUUUACACACAAGUUUGAAAAGGCAACUUCGCUCACAUCUCCUGUGCUGAAAGCACCAUUUCCACAAGAACUGAUGAACAUUUCUCCGGAAACAAUCCAAGCUAUCGAUACUUCCUUUGAGAACAUUCAUAAAUUUCACACAGCACAAAAAGAUCAACCACUUCAAGUCGAAACAAUGCCAGGAGUCAUUUGCAGUCGGUUCUCGCGUCCAAUUGAACGUGUGGGACUGUAUGUUCCAGGUGGAACUGCGGUCCUUCCAAGCACGGCACUCAUGCUUGGUGUACCAGCUAUGGUUGCAGGAUGCAAAAAGAUUGUUCUUGCUUCACCUCCACGUGCGGAUGGUAGCAUCACACCGGAAAUUGUCUACGUUGCCCACAAAGUUGGUGCGGAAUCCAUCGUUCUGGCUGGUGGUGCUCAAGCAGUUGCUGCCAUGGCAUACGGGACAGAAAGCGUUAGUAAAGUUGACAAGAUCUUAGGACCUGGUAAUCAGUUUGUUACGGCAGCCAAGAUGUAUGUCAGUAACGAUACAAAUGCCGGAGUAAGUAUAGACAUGCCAGCAGGACCAUCGGAAGUACUGGUUAUUGCGGACAAGGAAUCAAAUCCAGCCUUCGUUGCAUCUGACCUCUUGUCGCAGGCGGAGCAUGGGGUUGAUAGUCAAGUUAUUCUGAUUGCAAUUGAUCUUUCUGAAAAGGAGCUCACAGCUAUCGAGGAUGAGUUGCACAAACAAGCAAUGGCUUUACCUAGAGUUGAUAUCGUCCGUGGUGCAAUUGAGCACUCGGUCACUCUUGUGGUGAAGGAUCUCGAAGAAGCUAUGAAACUCAGCAAUGAUUACGCACCGGAACACUUGAUUCUGCAAUUGAAGGACGCGGCUAAAGUUGUGGACCUCGUUGAGAAUGCAGGCAGUGUAUUUAUUGGCGAGUGGACUCCUGAAAGUGUUGGUGACUAUUCGGCGGGUGUCAAUCACUCUUUGCGUAAGUUCUUUUUUACCCCUCCUGUUCUAUCCAUUCUGAAAUAUUAUAUGCUAACGUCUCGAAGCAACGUACGGAUUUGCCAAACAAUACUCGGGUGUCAAUCUAGGCUCUUAUCUCAAGCAUAUCACUUCUUCACAACUCACGUCGGAGGGAUUGCGGAAUGUGGGUGGUGCGGUGAUGCAGCUUGCUAAGGUGGAGGAGUUGGAGGCUCACAGGAGGGCAGUGGAGAUUCGAUGGAAGUAUAUGGAUGAGAAUAAGUUGUAA